CUGGGCUCCUCUUUGUCGCUGCCUGUCUGGGUGCGCUGAGCGAUGAAGAUCCCUCUGUGGUGCCUGGUGGUGCUGCUGGCAUGUCUCUUCACCCCUGGACGCAGCGACUGUCAGGGGCAAUGUAUGGCCUGUGGACUGCUCCUGCAGCAACAGCAGCUGGAACAAACCUUCAACACCAUGGUGUGUUUGUUGGAAUGCGAGGGUCGCAUCUCCUCUUCGCUGACGUGGGAGGUAUGCAAACGCGCUGUGAAGCUAUCGCUCCAUCCUACACUUUCUGAAGGAGGCGCUCUCUUCAAGAGAACGGGAGAGGAGCUGGAGCUGACCUCUCUCGACCUGAACUCUGACAGUGAACUGGUGCAGUCGACAGCUGCGGAGCGUUUCCAGGAGGGGGAUCGGGAUGAGACACCCUUCGAGCAGCGCAGCGUCCAGUAUGACUCAUCGCUGCUGGGAUCCUCUGAGGAGGGGGAGGGCCUGCAGAGUCUGGAUCUCAGUCUGACGGAUGAAGAGCAGAAGCCCAGAGAGGAGAGGAACGUGGAAAGCGAUGGCCAGCUAGAGGCCGAUGAAGGUGAGAGUUCAGAGGGCAUCGCCUUAUCCAAACGCUUUGGCGGCUUUCAGAGGGGGCGCCACGCAUAUAGGAAGCUGCUGGGCUCAUCGAUGAGGCCGCUACAGAAGCGCUACGGCGGGUUCAUAGGCGUCCGGAAAUCUGCCCGCAAAUGGAACAGUCAGAAACGGGUCAACCAGCUGCUGAGGCAGUACCUGGGCAUGAGGAGCAACCGCAGCGGCAGAUUCAACCCCAUCCCCAUGAGCCGCUUGUGGAGGCAACACAAACUGUAA